AUGGCUCUGCCAGCGCCUCACACGCAGAUGCAGCCCGGCACCAGAUUCAGUGCCUUCUGUCCUUCCUCAGGGGUGAGGAAGGAGGCCGACAGCGGGCGGGCGCCCCGGGUCCGCACGGCCUUCACGGCGGAGCAGGUCAGCACCCUGGAGAGCGCCUUCCAGCACCAACGCUACCUGGGCCCCCUGGAGCGCCGGAAGCUGGCCCGGGAGAUGCGGCUCUCGGAAGUGCAGAUAAAAACCUGGUUUCAGAACCGCCGCAUGAAGCACAAGCAUCAGCUCCAGGACUCUCAGCUGAGCUGCCCUUUCUCCAGAACGCUCUAUACGCCAGUGGCUUUCUGCCCGCCACUCUCUGCCCUGGCCAGUAGCUUACCGCCACUGUACCCUUGGGCUUUUCCGCUUGGGCCUCCAGCUCUGGGACGGCCCCCUGGCUCCUUCUGGGACCUCUGCCAAGUGGAACAAGCCUCCCUGGCCUUGACGUGGGCCUCGUGCAGCAGACAGCCUCCAGUGUGCUGCCUCCCAGACCCUGGGGGCCUGGUGCACACACUGGGCCCAGCUUUGUCCAGGGGUCCGUGGGGCCUGUGUGCCUUGCCCCAGACCAAGGAUGCCUUCUGA